GCACGGAAGCAGGGCCGAAUCCCGGAGGUGAAGAGCUACGACUUUGAUGGUGAUGGAGUGGUUGGCCAGCUAGAUUACUUCAUCGGCAAGUGCUUCGACAAGGAUGCAGAUGGACGUCUCACAGCCUCUGAGCGGCGACAAGCCGAGAAGGCUCUCGACAAUGGCUUCCUGGACAAGUAUGUGCGGGGUCUGGAUUCCACCGGUCAGGUGCACAAGUGCGGACCGGCGGGGCGCCUGGAAGGCGAAGGAGGUGUAGAGAGAGACGCGCAGGUCAUGCGGCGCCUGGGCGCCCUCGAGCAGCGGAUGCAGACGGUGGCUUUCAAGGAAGAUGUUGGCGGCCUUUGGGAUGCCUUGUCCCGGAAGGCAGACAAGUCGGCUGUGGAGCAGAUGGAGCGCGCUCCCAAGGAAGAGGUCGCGCCGCUCCAAGAGGUGUGGCAAGCCCUUUCAAAGAAGGCUGACGCGGACGGGACCUGCAGCCUCGAGCAGUUCCGGCGAUUGCGCGACGACGUCGACCUGCUCACCGAGGAGAUGGGCGACAAGGCUGAAGUGAACUUCGUGCUCAGCAAGCAACAGGAGAUCCAGAAACAGUUGGAGAGGAAGGCGGAUGCAGAGGGUGCAGUCCAACGAGGAGACCUUCAGGAGCUGGCAUUGGCAGUGUCAAACAAGGUGGGGCAGGACGAGAUCCAAGCCCUGCAGACGCGGAUGCAGGAGGUGAGCGACAUGGCAAAGAAGGUGGACAUCGAGGCAUCUGCGGUGACCCAGCAGAUGCACGAGCUGUGGGAGGCCGUGGAAGAGAAGGCGAACUUGACCGACUUGGACCGCAGCUCUGGCCAGGAUGUGCAGGGCCUGCAGCAGCUCCAGCUGGCGUUGGACAAGAAGGCGAACGAGGAGGACAUGCUGGCCAUCCAUCAAGAGGUCAAGGAGGUGCAGACCGCGAUGGAGCAGAAGGCAUCCACGGAGACGGUGACCAGGUGCUGCGCGCUGCUGGAGGACUUGUCCAAGAGCCUCGAGUUGAAGGUUGGCGAGGAGGAUGUGAAGGCCAUCCAAAGGGAGCUGCAACUGAACCUUCAGCAAGUGCACAUCGCGAUGGACAAGAAGGCAGACGAAGAGGAUGUUGAGAUGAUGCAGCAAAAGCUGGAGCGAGAGCUUCAGCAAGUGCACGCCGCAAUGGACAAGAAGGCGGAUGAUGAGGACGGCAGCGCAGUCGAGCAACUACAGCAGGAGCUUCAGCAAGUGCAUGCUGCGCUGGAUCAGAAGGCAUCUGCGGAGACGCUCAACAAGUGCUACUCGCUUCUGGGAGAGUUCUCCAAAGGCUUGGAGUCGAAGGUCGACGAGAGCGACAUCAAGGAGAUUCAGCAGGAGCUUCGGCAGGAUCUUCAGCAAGUGCAGUCUGCCAUUGACAAGAAGGUUGGCGAGGAGGAUGUGAAGGCCAUCCAAAGGGAGCUGCAACUGAACCUUCAGCAAGUGCACAUCGCGAUGGACAAGAAGGCAGACGAAGAGGAUGUUGAGAUGAUGCAGCAAAAGCUGGAGCGAGAGCUUCAGCAAGUGCACGCCGCAAUGGACAAGAAGGCGGAUGAUGAGGACGGCAGCGCAGUCGAGCAACUACAGCAGCAACUUCAGCAAGUGCAUGCUGCGCUGGAUCAGAAGGCAUCUGCGGAGACGCUCAACAAGUGCUACUCGCUUCUGGGAGAGUUCUCCAAAGGCUUGGAGUCGAAGGUCGACGAGAGCGACAUCAAGGAGAUUCAGCAGGAGCUUCGGCAGGAUCUUCAGCAAGUGCAGUCUGCCAUUGACAAGAAGGUUGGCGAGGAGGAUGUGAAGGCCAUCCAAAGGGAGCUGCAACUGAACCUUCAGCAAGUGCACAUCGCCAUGGACAAGAAGGCAGACGAAGAGGAUGUUGAGAUGAUGCAGCAAAAGCUGGAGCGAGAGCUUCAGCAAGUGCACGCCGCAAUGGACAAGAAGGCGGAUGACGAGGACGGCAGCGCGGUCGAGCAACUACAGCAGCAACUUCAGCAAGUGCAUGCUGCGCUGGAUCAGAAGGCAUCUGCGGAGACGCUCAACAAGUGCUACUCGCUUCUGGGAGAGUUCUCCAAAGGCUUGGAGUCGAAGGUCGACGAGAGCGACAUCAAGGAGAUUCAGCAGGAGCUUCGGCAGGAUCUUCAGCAAGUGCAGUCUGCCAUUGACAAGAAGGUUGGAGAAGAGGAUGUGAAGGCCAUCCAAAGGGAGCUGCAGCUGAACCUUCAGCAAGUGCACAUCGCCAUGGACAAGAAGGCAGACGAAGAGGAUGUUGAGAUGAUGCAGCAAAAGCUGGAGCGAGAGCUUCAGCAAGUGCACGCCGCAAUGGACAAGAAGGCGGAUGACGAGGACGGCAGCGCGGUCGAGCAACUACAGCAGCAACUUCAGCAAGUGCAUGCUGCGCUGGAUCAGAAGGCAUCUGCGGAGACGCUCAACAAGUGCUACACGGUUCUGGGAGAGUUUUCCAAAGGCUUGGAGUUGAAGGAGAGCGACAUCAAGGCGAUUCAGCAGGAGCUUCGGCAUGAUCUCCAGCAAGUGCAGUCUGCAAUUGACAAGAAGGUAGACGAAGAGGAUGUUGAGCUGAUGCAGCAAAACCUGGAGCAGGUGUCCGCCAUGGGCAAGAAGGCAGAUGAGGAUAUCAAGGCGAUGCAGCAGAAGUUUCAGCAGGAGCUGCAGCAUGCACACUCUGUAAUGGACCACAAGGUCGACGAGAUCGAAGAGGCGUGCCACGCGGAGUUGCAGUCAGGGAUCCGGGAGUUGCAAGCCGCAAUGGAGCUCAAGGCGCCCCUGGAGGCCCUCGAGGACCUGCGAACCGUGCGCAGUGCGCUGGACCAGAAGGCAGACCUUCAGAGCCUGACCGCGCUGCAGCAGCAACUGGACAUGCGCCAGGAGCCGGCGGAGCGGACUCUGGACCGGCAGGACGAGGUGGAGGUGUCGCAGCUGCAGCUCAGCUUGCAGCAGCUGCAGACCGAGCUGGAGAAGAAGGCAGACACGGAGAACGUCCUGCAGUGCGAGCGGAUCAGCCGGCAGGCGCAUGCGCGCUGCUUGGAGCUUGCUGCGACCCUGGACGACAAGGCGGAGAAGGACGCGUUGAGGCUCCUGCAGCAGCAGUUCCAAGAGUUGUCCUUCAACUUCGACGCCAAGGACAAUGGGGAGCUGCUGGAGCACCAGAUGAAGCAGCUGCAGGUGGCCCUGGAGUCCAAGGCGAGCGUGGAAAGUUCCACAGAGCUGCUGCAGAAGGUCCAGCUGCUCGAAAGGCAGAAGGCGUCAGAGCUCCCGGCGCAGGGGAACGAAGAGGAGCUCUGGAACGCCUUGGAGGGCAAGGUCGACAUGGAGACGGUGAACAUGAUGAGACAGGAGCUGCAGCAAAACUUCUUGAGAUUGAUUGGCAAGAAGGCGGACGUGGAAGCUGUGACCGAACUCCAGCAGCAGAACGAGCAGUUGGCCGCAUCCAUGGACGAGAAGGCUGAUUUGGAGGCAGUGAGGAACAUGCUGCAGCAGAACUUGCAGCACACAUCCCAGGCCUUGACGGCAAAGGCGGACGUGGAAGCUGUGACCGAACUCCAGCAGCAGAACGAGCAGUUGGCCGCAUCCAUGGACGAGAAGGCUGAUUUGGAGGCAGUGAGGAACAUGCUGCAGCAGAACUUGCAGCACACAUCCCAGGCCUUGACGGCAAAGGCGGACGUGGAAGCUGUGACCGAACUCCAGCAGCAGAACGAGCAGUUGGCAGCAUCCAUGGACGAGAAGGCGGAUUUGGAGGCAGUGAGGAACAUGCUGCAGCAGAACUUGCAGCACACAUCCCAGGCCUUGACUGCAAAGGCGGACGCAGAGUCCAUACCGCUGCUGCAGCAUCAGAUUCAGCAAGUGGCCAUGGACAUUGCAGCCCUGGAGCCUGCCAAGGACUCGGAGAAGCUGCAGGAGGUGAUGGAGGCCCUGAACGCCAAGGCGGACGCGGAGGCCGUGGUGGGCCUCCAACAGUUCGUGGACCUGGCGGCGAGCGUGAAGACCAAGGCAGAUGCCACCAGCACGCCUUCGCUGGAGCAGUUCCUAAAGCUGAAGGCAGAGAUCGAGGACACUCCCAGCGCCAUCGCUUUGGAGGAGCUAUGGAAUGCCGUGGAUGGCAAGGCUGACAUGGGCGGUGUGUUGUCGGCGCAGCAGCAGCUGGUGCAGCUGACUGCCGCUCUGGAGAAGAAGGCGGACAUCGAGGCCAUUCCCAACGUGCAGGAGCUUCUGGAGGUCUUGCGGGCCAAGGCAGACAAAGAGACGACCGCCUCCGCCGAGCAGUUGCUGGAGGUGUCCCACUCCCUGGCCAAGGCCGAGAGCAGCUUCGGCUCCCUGAAGAGCGAGCUGGAGGCCUUGAAGCAGAAGGCCGACGUCGAGGACGUGCCCAGCCUCAAGCACCUCAACGAGUUGCGCAUCGCGGUGGACAAGAAGGCGAACGCAGAGCGCGUCCCCACAUUGCAGCAGUGGCAGGAGCUCCGCAGCAUCGUUGCACGGAAGGCAGACACAUUGCGAGUGCCGUCAAACCAGCAGUUCAAGGAGCUCCAGCAAGUCGUGAACAGCAUGAAGGUCUCCGUUGACACCAUGGUGACGCCCGAGGAGGUACAUGAACACCUCAGUCUCAAAGCAGAUGCGAGCGGUGUUCCCACGCUUCAGCAGUACCAAGAGCUCCUGGCGAUGAUCAGUGCGAAGGCCAACGUAAGCGAAGUGCCGACGAAGGAGCAGUUCGAUGAGCUCCGCACCCCGAAGCGCAUGCGCCUCUUCAGUGGGUGGCUGGGAACAGGGGAAGAGAAGAAGGCCCCGCAGGAGCUCACGCCGAACAAGAAUGUGGCUGCAACGCCUGAAAACAAGUGA